AUGGGUUCCAAUUCGUCUGACAUAUGUUCACCUAAGAAAUUUGAAGAUGUUGAUGGAAAAGUCAAACCACAAUCAAAUGUAUCAAAAUCGACAUGUCACUCUGAUUCUGAGAGUGUUGAAAUAAUCGAGUGUUCACUUCAGUCCCUAAAAAUCCCAGUUGGAGAGGGUGAUUUCGGAAGAGAAUUCGAAAUAGUUGAACAUGUUGCCCCAUUGAGAUUGGGAAUAGAAAUUGUUAGCAGGUAUGCUGAAACCAAUUAA